AUGCCUCCUUCGACGUCUGGUGACCAGGCUCUGGUGAGAGGGAUGUUAAAGGAGGUACUGGUGGGUCGGGAGGAUCCAGAGGGUUUCUUUGCCAUUUGUGUGUCCGUUUUGGGGCAUCAAGAGACCCGUUCACAGUUCCUGUCCCUCAUCAAGCCUCUGUCCACGGCCAACAUCCGCCUGCACUCUGCCCUCACCUCCAUCUACCAGGGCUAUUUCUCCGAGAUUGAAGAUGAUGAGCUGGAACAUGCUUUGGCCUUGUCUCUACUGGAAGCCAAAAAUCAACAGCUGUCGACCACCAGCCGAGAGUCACAACCCCUUCACCCGGGACUGAACCGCUCCAUUCAGCACAAUUCACCACUGAAGUCUCAGGAAAAGAACAGUAACCGGCUGGAUGAUACAGGCGGAGAAAAAAGUCCCUCAUUUGCACAAACUGCAACCCGGCACAAGGUGGGUUCUCCUCAGACAACCCAGAAGACUGAGCUUCAGAAGACUGAGCUUCAGAAGACUUCUCAUGCUGGAAACUAUGACGACCGAUCGCUGGGGACAGGUCGGACUCUCUGUGCCCCGGGAUCUUUAAGUGGAGGUGGCCAAAUGACAGAAGAAGAAGAUUUGAACCAAUCUGAGAAACCAAAACGCUCCAAGAACAGGCGGCAGAGGCGAAAGAGAGCUGGCCAGCAGGUCAUUGGCUUACCCUGUUCUCCCUCGGCACAUGCGCCCGUUUUGUUGUGGUUCAGGAGAGAUCUGAGGCUGUGUGACAACCCCGCCCUCAUUGGUUCGCUGGAGCUGGGCGCACCUGUCAUCCCUGUCUUUAUCUGGAGCCCUGACGAGGAGGAGGGACAAGGGGUUACCAUCGCAAUGGGCGGAGCAUGCAAAUACUGGCUACAUCAGGCUUUGUCCUGUUUUUGUACGGCCCUGGAGGGCAUCGGUAGCCAUCUCACCUUCCUCGCAGCCAACACAGACGGGGAUAGGGUUGGAUCUUCCCUACUAUCGCUGAAACAGCUGGUGAAGGAGACGGGGGCGAGGACUGUGUUGGCUAAUGCCUUGUACGAACCAUGGCUGAAGGAGAGAGAUGACGAGGUGGUGUCAUCUCUGCAGAAAGAGGGUGUCGAAUGCAGAAUGUUUCACUCCUACUGUCUAAGAGAUCCAUAUUCUGUCAGCACAGAGGGUGUUGGACUCCGAGGAAUAGGCUCUGUGUCCCAUUUCAUGAGCUGCUGUAGACAGAAUCCUGGUUCUACAGUAGGGACUCCACUGGAACCUCCAGGGUCUCUCCCCACCCCCACCCUCUGGCCACAGGGUGCCUCUUUGGAGUCGCUUGGCCUGGCCCGCAUGCCCCGCAGAAAGGACGGCACGAUAGUCGACUGGGCAGCUAACAUCCGGAAGUCCUGGGAUUUCAGUGAGGAUGGAGCUCACGCCCGACUAGAUGCCUUUCUCCAUGAUGGUGUGUAUCGGUAUGAGAAAGAGUCCGGCCGGGCAGAUGCUCCCAACACAAGCUGCCUGUCUCCCUACCUCCACUUUGGCCAGCUCAGUCCACGCUGGCUGUUGUGGGACGCCAAAGGAGCGCGCUGCCGACCCCCGAAGUUUCAACGCAAACUGGCGUGGAGGGAUUUGGCUUAUUGGCAGUUGACACUUUUCCCUGACCUCCCCUGGGAAUCCCUCAGACCUCCAUACAAGGCAUUGCGAUGGAGUACUGAUCGCAGCCACCUGAAGGCCUGGCAGCGAGGUAAGACGGGCUACCCUCUGGUCGACGCGGCCAUGAGGCAGCUAUGGCUAACGGGCUGGAUGAACAACUACAUGAGACAUGUGGUGGCGUCUUUCCUCAUCGCAUAUCUCCACUUGCCUUGGCAAGAGGGCUAUCGCUGGUUCCAGGAUACGCUGGUGGACGCUGAUGUUGCCAUAGAUGCAAUGAUGUGGCAGAACGGGGGCAUGUGUGGCCUGGAUCACUGGAACUUUGUCAUGCACCCUGUCGACGCAGCCAUGACCUGUGACCCCUGCGGCACUUACGUCAGAAAGUGGUGCCCGGAACUUGCCGAUCUACCUGACGAGCUUAUUCACAAACCAUGGAAAUGUCCUGCAUCCAUGCUGCGGCGUUCAGGUGUGGCGUUCGGCCAGACAUAUCCUGAGCGGAUAAUCACAGACCUGGAGGAGCGGAGGAGUCGGUCUCUGCAAGACGUAGCUGUGGUGCGUAAAGAGUUUGGGCAGUACGUGGACAAGCGCUCAGGUUGCGACCUGGUGCCUUUGCCCCCACGCCUGGUCUCCCAGGCUCUGGGGCUGUCGCACAGGGACGAGGCAGUGACAUCCAACCGGAAGGAGUUCCUGUUGCCCGUCAUCACUCGCAUGGAAUUCAAACACCAGCAGGAAGAUCCAGAUGCAGACGCAUCGUCGAACCCCUACAACGCUGUUCUGAAAGGAUACGUCAGCCGCAAGAGGGACGAGACCAUUGCCUUCCUCAACGAGAGAGACUUCACGGCCAGCGUGAUGUAUGAGGGAACCCAAAGACAGGAGAGGCUGGAGAGGGACCAUCGUAGAAUAGAGGGCCUCCCUCCGUCUCCCUCACCUCGUGGACGGGCCAGAAGAACUCCAACAGCAAAAGAUAGGUUUUCUAUCGUACCCGGUGGGGCUGUCACUGCACUGAAGUGA